AGAGAUGCAGAGGCAGAACCAAAGGAAAGACACCAUAAAAGCAGAAGUCACUGUAAUAUUCGCACAGGUAAAAAGUCUUUAAAAUGUGACACAUGUGGGAAAGAUUUCCAGUAUAAGUCAUCACUGGAGAAACACCUGAGAGUCCACACAGGUGAGAAGCUGUUUACAUGCAAACAAUGUGGGAGAGUUUUCAAGCAGAUUUCUCAGUUGACCGGCCACAUGAAAUGCCACUCAGGUGAGAAGCCAUACACUUGCAAAACAUGUGGAGAAAAUUUCAGAUUUAGUAAUGCCUAUUUGGCUCACAUGAGAACACACACAGGUGAGAAGCCUUAUACUUGUAAAAUCUGUGGAAAGGGUUUUGGAUGUAACGGUAAUUUGUUGGUUCACAUGAGAACACACACAGGUGAGAAGCCAUAUACUUGUGAAAUCUGUGGAAAAGGUUUUGGAUGUAACAGUAGUUUGUUGGUCCACAUAAGAACACACACAGGUGAGAAGCCUUAUACUUGUAAAAUCUGUGGAAAAGGUUUUGGAUGUAAUGGUAAUUUGUUGGUUCACAUGAGAACACACACAGGUGAGAAGCCAUAUACUUGUAAAACCUGUGGAAAGGGUUUUGGACAAAGCAGUAGUUUGUUGGUCCACAUGAGAACACACACAGGUGAGAAGCCUUACACUUGUAAAACCUGUGGAAAAAGUUUUGGAUUAAACAGUAGUUUGUUGGUCCACGUGAGAAUACACACAGGUGAGAAGCCAUAUACUUGUAAAACCUGUGGAAAAGGUUUUGGGUGUAGCAGUCAUUUGUUGGUCCACAUGAGAACACACACAGGUGAGAAGCCUUAUACUUGCAAAACCUGUGGAAAGGGUUUUGGACGUAACAAUAAUUUAAUGGUCCACAUGAGAUCACACACUGGUGAAAAGCCAUAUACUUGCGAAUCCUGUGGGAAAAUUUUCAGGUUUAAAAGUAGUUUGUUGGUCCACAGGAGAAUACACACAGCUGAUAAGCCAUAUACUUGCAAAACCUGUGGAAAGGGUUUUGGACGUAACAAUAAUUUAAUGGCCCACAUGAGAGCACACACUGGUGAGAAGCCAUAUACGUGCGAAUCCUGUGGGAAAAUUUUCAGGUUUAAAAGUAGUUUGUUGUUUCACAUGAGAACACACACAGGUGAGAAGCUGUAGGCUUGCAAACCUGUGGGAAAAUAUUCUGUGUCAUGUCAUAAUUGGAAAGACAUGACAAUCCACACAAGUGAGAAACCAUACACUUGUGAAAUAUGUGAGAAAAUAUUCAGUUGUAGUGGUAACUUUUGACAGUCCACAUGAGGAGAGCCCACACUGGUGAAAAGCUGCAUCUUUGCAAGACCUGUGGGAAAAGAUUUGUCACAUCAACUGAACUAAAGGGCAUAAAAAUGUGCACACAGACAAGUAGUUUUCUGUUGAAACCCACACGGGUGGGUUACCUGUUUCAAGUUCUACCCCUGCUAAAAUGUUUUAUUUAAAUUAUUUACCUCAAAAUAUUGCAAAAACAUUUCAGUUAAGUGCAGAGACAAUAACCAAACUUUCCUCUUUAUAUUGGUGGAAGUAUAUUGAAAUAGAAGUGCUCUAACAAAAAUAUUAGGAACACAAUAAGUCAUGUUACUGUCCCUUCAUCAAGGUGUUUUUGUCUUCUUCAUGUGAUGAUAUUAAGUGUGAAAACACAUGGAAAAUGUGUGGUAAAUACUGUACAAAUAAGAUUAAGGAAGUAUCUUUCAAUAAAU